CAUACAUACAUACAUACAUACAUACAUACAUACAUACAUACAUACAUACAUACAUACAUACAUACGUAUUCCGAGAUGAUUUGUCGUGUCCCACACUCGGCGACCAUGUUGCAGUUCUUUUGAAAUUUCACUCUUUGGAAUGUAGAAUGUUUGUAACUUUACCCAUGCUAUCACCAUUCCAAAGAUUCGCAACAGCGGAUACACGUGGAACUUUGACUAUUUUAUUUCAAUCUGUUGAUUAUUGUUUCGAACUCUGUUGUGCUGUGAAAAAAACAACCACUUACUGUUUGUUGCCUGAUGAUACUUGUGUGAGAUCGAAAUGUCCUCACUGUUAUAGUUAGGGUCAUAUUUGACAAUGACCAGAAAUCACCUGAAUAUAACGAAAACUGGUUGUCCUUUAUCGUGUUAUGCAUAACUAGGAUAUCGUUUGCACACAAUAUACUCACUCACCCAUUGACUCACUUACUUACUCUAUUAUAUGGUUUUUGAGAUGAGGGGGAGAGGAGAGUAGGGGCACGGGUGACCUAGUCGUCUAAAGCGCCGCGAUUUGCUGUGAAGAGUUCCGUCCCUUGGGGACGCCAGAAACCUAUGCUUGUGGGUUCGAAUCCCAGUUCGCUUAAGCUGACACGCCGUGAUAUAACUGGAAUACUGUUUAAUGCGGCGUUAACCCCAACUCACUCACUCACUUUGAUACGAUCAUGUCAAAUCAAAUAUAUAUAUUUCACUACUGUGGUAGUGUUGUGUUUGCAGAAUUCCACCUUGGCCAAUGUUAAAGGAUAUGUCACGACCUGAAAGGGCUGGUGACCUAAAAUGCUCAUAGUGUUGUAAUAAAAUGAAUUAUUUCUCUUUCGGGAUUAUUAACGCAGAGCGUUAAACAUAACCACGACACAAAUGUCUAUAUUUAAAAGAUUUGUGUAAUGGUAAGGUGAAACCAUUUUCUGUCAAUAUUUUAGACUCUGUACCUUUCGGCAGUUUUGUUAACAAUAUUAUUUCUAAUUAUCAACAAAUAUAUAUGCUGGCAUUAACUUGUUUGUAACCGCCCGCAUAUCUAAGACUAAUCAACAAAUACUUACUUCUUGAAGUUUGCCGAGUACAGGAACUCGAAUAAUUCCUUUUUGAUGGAUAUGUUUAAGUGUUGAGGAAGUAAAUCACAUCAGUAUUAUUUGUAAUAUUAGUGAACCUUGAGAAAAUAAUCAUAAUAAAACUGAUUUGAUCCAGAUCUUGAUAAUGUUCUCACUUUAUUGCAGAUUAAAUCAAAUGAUAUAAAAAAAAUCUGGCCAAAUAGUGUCCCGUGUUUCGUGUUAACGCAAUUGUAUGCGUGAGUACGCAAACAGAACUCGGGGCAUUUGUGAUAAGUGAAAAAUUCACCUUUGUUUCCAGGUUUGUAAGUGUGUACUGUCUGACUAACAAGAAUUCAACGCCAGUGUCAACAUUAUAUAAUCGCUGACCGUCACACACUCCUACUUUUCUACCAGUCCAGUCGUUAUUCAUACAAACCAUAAUCCACAUUAGCCACUGAUAUGUUAUGUACAGAUAAACCUCCGCCGUGUAGGAUAACCAUAGAAGCGGGAUGGGUUGAGCCAUGUUCAUUUUAACACUGCACCCAUAUUGAUUAUAUGGAAAAAAAGCACGAUUUUUGUUACUAUGAUAUUUGUGUUUGUGAUCCUUAAUGCAGAGUGAAGGAAUUGGACCUGCCUCUAUUGAGUAAAUGUAUGGUGUAUCUGAAUGUAUCGUGUGGAUGUGUUUUAAUGUUGUGAGACGAUUACUGGAUGUCUGCAAUAAACGACAUUGUGUGCUGCAAUUAGUUAGUUUUAAACAGUUGAUCGUAGAUAUAAAGCGUAAAUUAUUUUUAAAAAAAAUAAAAUGGCAAGACACAGUGAACGGGCACAACAAAUUAUAUCCAUGUAAUGAAUCGAACAUGGCUCUUUGGCGUGGCAAGCUAUCACUUUAGCCACUAGGCAGCAGCACCUUCCAUAUAUUUGUUAGUGACAACUUUGAGUUUACAAACAUUUUAGAUGUUGGGCAUGUUUAAAUUAUUUUCAUGCAAAACAUCCACGGAUAACUCUGUAAUAUUGUAACGCAGUGUACACUUAAUUUGAAUGUUGGUGUGGAUUGGUACGUGUCACAACAUUAAACAGAUCUUAGCCGCUGAUAUACGUUUUGUGCCUUUCAGAAUAGAAAUAUUUCCGAUGUGUUCAGUCUGUCAGCUGCAGUUUACCCUGAAAGGUCCACUGCCCUACUUACUGCCCUGUCUACACGCUGUGUGUGAGACGUGUGUGACAUCUGCAGCUGGCGGUGUGAUAUCAUGCUCUACAUGUCAUAGGAAGGUCAACCUCACAGACACAAGUCUCCAGAAGGAUGCAGUGAGACAGAAGGAAAUAUACCACCUGACAGUCAAACAUCGAUCCACAGACCUCAUCUGUACACAUGAAGAUAACGGGAACCAGGCUGUGUGUUGGUGUCAGGAGUGUGACGAGUUCCUCUGUGAAUACUGCCAGAACAUGCACAGCAACUUCAAACUUACCAGGACACAUGUACUUCAAAACCUCACUGACAUGGAACCGACAUCCUCGAAUAUUCCAACAUGUUGCAGUAUCCAUAAACAUGACUCCCUUUAUCUGUUUGAUAAAAGCUGCAGGAAGUUAAUCUGUGCGAGAUGUUGGAUUGAAGACCAUUCUGACCACGAAGUUAAGAAGAUUGAUGUGGUUGCUGAUACUAUAACAAAACAGUUAGACCAUCAUAAGAAUGAGCUGUCAAAAUUACAGGCUCGCCAGCAAUCACACAUGCAGAGCAUCAGGCAAGGAAGCGAAGCAACCGACAGAACAUACAACACUUUGAAAGAAAGUAUUGGCCACACAUUCCAGACUCUGAGAUCACAACUUGAUCAAAGAGAGAAGGAACUUCUGGUCGAUCUUGAAAGUCAUACAAAGGAGACCCAGGCAACUCUACAUGCUCGUCUAAACACAUGUCAAGAAGAUUGGAAGACAUGCACUGGGGUUUUAGACUACAUCGCCAAAGCCCUCCUCUAUGCCUCAAAGUCAGCCCUCAUGGAUCUGGAGAGUUGUGUAGGGAAGAUGACUCAGGUAUGCCUGGACACUGUUAUGCCACAAACACAUGACAUACCUACAGCUGUCUACAACACCAGCAGCCUGUCAAAGCUGAAAUCAAGAAUAUCAGAAUUUGGUACCAUUUUGACGUGUGAAAUGGGUGGAGAAUCUGUUAAAGACAAGGAUACGCAGACAUACGACUUUAUUGCAGACUUGGAAAUGAAACACAAAAUGGACAUUACAGAACUGAAGACGAAAAUUGAUGCAGAUGAGAAACAUAUUGAAAAUCUUAACCUGCUUACAGACCAGCUGAAUGCUGAAAUCAAAAGCUUGAAAUCGCGCAUUGACGAGAAGGAAAACGUCGAGAAGAGAGCAACCCAAACCAUGGAUUUCUUGCGUGAUUUAGCCAGUGAAUACAGUGUUCAUCUGCUGAAUCAAGGAGCUGUAGACACAUCCAUGCUGCUGAAAUGUAUACAUCUGAAGUAUGACAAAGACAGAGUUAAUCUCGACUACGUCCACAUCAACACAGAAGGAGACCUGGUCAACAGGAAGUCGGACACCAGACCUGCAGGGGAGGGGAGACUGAAGAAGUACAGGGGCACAUGUAGCACUGCCCCCCUCCCUCGGGCUGGCUCUCCCCAGUACUGGGAGGUGACGAACAGGGUCAGUCUGAACAAACCACUCACAGGGAACAACCUCAUCCUAGAGUCUGGUGUGUGCUGGGAGGAGCAGAGGGACGUGCAUCAUUGUAUAGCUGCCCAACCCAGCUCCUGGUGCAUGACAGUCGCCCGCUGUACUACACACGGCGGGGUAUGCAGGCAGACAGGGCAGGAGCAGGAGAAUGUGCUGUGUCUGCCUGACCCUCUCCCCAACACAGCAGGGGCCUCACACACACUACAUUACGGUGUUGUCUAUGAUGACACCAGGAAGAAGAUUGUCUUCAUUGAUGUGAAGGAGAAUAAAGUGAUCUCGACGUUAGACAAUGUAGACUCUAGUCAGCCACUGUGGCCGAUGUUCGGGGUGUAUAACCCACGUCUCCUCACUGUCAGCAUGACACUUGUAGUGGUCAGCGACAUCAACAUGACAGAAGAAAAGAAAGCAAUGAUUGUCAAGGCGCUGUUGGGAGGGUGGCAAUGAUUGUCAAGGCGCUGUCGUGAUGGUGACAAUGAUUGCCAAGGCGCUGUUGUGAAUGUGGCAAUGAUUGUCAAGGCGCUGUCGUGAUGGUGAAAAUGAUUGUCAGGGCGCUGUUGUGAUGGUGACAAUGAUUGUCAAGGCGCUGUCGUGAUGGUGACAACGAUUCUCAAGGCACUGUCGAGAUGUCGUGGCGUGAGAGAGGUGGUCAUGAUAGGGACAAUAACCAAACAAAGACUUGUAGAUAGUUUCUACUCAGAAACAACUACGUGGCAAUCAAAUGACUUAUAUGUGACGGAAGUCUUUCAGUAUGAGCAGUAUGAGGUAUAAGAGAUGCUCGUGUAUCCAUGUAGUGAUCAUGUGGAAUACUGGCAUUGCCAUUGAGAAUUGUGAACAUUCACGAUGAAACCGAUGUUAUUUUUCCAGUUACCGACUGUCAAUUUGAAGGCAGCACACAUCCAGUGUUACUGCACAAGAAUGAAAUCGCUGAAGCGUUCGUACAAUGCACAUCCAUUAACAGUUUUGAGAGGCAGAUAGUGGAUUCAUAUAUGUAUACAACAUGUUUUAAUUUACUAUAAACAUAUAAGUCGAAUGCACCGAAUGUUGUCUUCUUGAUUAUGUACAUUUCUAAAAGAUUAAUAAUACAGCCUGUUUACAUGUAUAUUGUAAACACCAUAAUGAACAUGGAUGUCACGUAUUGUCAAUAUGCCCUAAAUAUCCAAGAAAAGAAUAUAUACCUCAAUACAGAACCAUCUCAUGAAAGGUGCAUGUUCUACUCAAUACUGAUGUGGAUAUUUUGUUUCAGGAUCAUCCUGCCCGCUCGCCAUACUGAUGUGGAUAUAUUGUUUCCAAGAAAAGAAUAUAUACCUCAAAACAGAACCAUCUCAUGAAAUGUGCAUGUUCUACUCCAUACUGAUGUGGAUAUAUUGUUUCAGGAUCGUCCUGCUC